GUGGGGACGGUGCGGAGCACGGCUGGCUCUGCGCAUCCAGACCGUGCGCGCGCGCGCUAUGAGGGGCGGGAGGAAUGGUCUCUGUUGCCUUUUCCUGGCCGCUUGGCUCGCUGCCCCGCCCCGGGUGCGGGGGAUUCAUGCAUUUUUCCUAUAACUUAAAAGAAAAUGAGUGCAUCUAGUGUUGCAGGAAAAGUGGAAACCUGGCUUUCUUCUGCGUGGCAUGUUAAAGUUCCUCUGACGUGGCUAGAAGCUUGUAUUAACUGGAUCCAACAAGAAAAUGGUUGUAAUUUAACUCAAGCUCAGAUCAACAAACAGGUAUUUGAACAGUGGCUUCUUACAGAUCUGAGAGAUUUGGACUAUCCUGUUUUGCCUGAUUGUAUCUUAGAUGGUCCAAAAGGAGAACUGAAUGGCUUUUAUUCCAUACAGAUUGAUUCACUGGUGGAUGUUAGCCAGCCUGCAUAUUCCCAGUUGCAAAAGAUUAGAGGAAAAAAUACUGUAAAUGAAGAAGUAACAGCCAACACUCAGGCACCCCAAAAGUCCUGGGAAGCAAAGCCUACCCGAAUGCUGAUGCUGCAGCUAACUGAUGGAAUACAUCAAAUUCAGGGUAUGGAAUACCAACCCAUUCCUGUCCUCCAUAGUAAUCUUCCUCCAGGUACAAAAAUUACAAUACAGGGUAACAUUGCAUAUCGUCUUGGAGUUCUUUUGCUAAAAUCAGAAAAUGUUAAAUUGUUGGGGGGCGAAGUAGAUGCUCUUCUGGAGGACUAUGCUCAGGAAAGAGUCCUUGCCAGGGUAAUUGGAGAAGCUGAGAACCCUAAUCCUGUCAAGCAGCAUGAUCAUGAACAAGGCAUUUUAGGAGCUGUUGAUGAACUAGGACAAACUCUAGGACCUUCAGAUGAAGAGCUUCUAGCAAGUCUUGAUGAAAAUGAUGAAUUUACCAUAAAUCCUGAAGUUCCUUUAGAAAGUGGAUAUUGUAGCAGAAGUAACAACUCAAAUACAGCCACACAUUUGCUCCUUUCAAGCAAUGAAAACUACUCACAACAGGGAUUUGGGAUCCUUUUGCCUGGGGCAAAUGAAGAACAAAGUGUUCCAGCUAUGGAGGAUGUUGAUGGAGAUUUAGAUGACUUCUCAUUGGAAGAUGACUUGUUUUUAGAAGAGGCGAUCCAAGAAGAAAUUCAGACAAUGCAGUCACCGGUCAUAAACAAAACCAUAGAUAUCAUUACACAAAGAUUUUCACAUAUGCCAAGAUCUUCACUAAGUUACACAUCUGAAAAAGAUGACAGAGGUCAGUUGGAUUCAGUUAGCAAAGAAAAAUCCUGUGGGAGAGAACUGUCUGUUGGUGAUGAAAGUAGUACAAGUAAUUUUUCACUACAUCAUAAUGUACAACACUCCAAGAGCUUUACCAACGAUUUCUCCUUGGAACAUGUUCUUGAGCAGAAGUGUAAUAAGAUAGAUGUAGUUAAGAGCAGUCAAAAAAAUUGUAGUUUUUCUGGCAGUAGAUUGUUAAACAAAAGACCAGUUAAUUUUUCAAAAACUGAUUCAGAGAUAAACAAACAAAAUUACUGUGUACAAACCUUUUCUUACAGAACAACAGAGAAAUGCAAAAGUCUUGAGUUAGAUUCCCCACCUUUUACAUAUAUUUCUGUUCUACUUGCAAAUACCGCAGAAACUGUUACAACAGUGAAAGUUAAAGCCUUUAUUGUAACCCUUACUGGAAAUCUCACAAGCAGCAGUGGCUUCUGGAAUAUAAUGGCAAAAAUCUCUGAUGGUACCGCUUAUCUAGAGGUAGACAUUGCUGAUGAAAUUCUAACAAGCUUAAUUGGAUUUUCAGUGCCUGAAAUGAAACAGUUAAGGAAAGAUCCCAUUCUACAUCAGAAGCUUAAGGAUGGUUUGCAGAAAUGCCAAAGAGAACUGAUAGAUCUUUGUUGUUUGAUGACUAUUGAAUUUAAUCCCUUUCAGUCUAAAGCAACAGUACUAAUUUUACAAGAUGUUGAUGCAGUAGAUCUAGAAAACUUGAAGAAACGUUUAGAUAAAUAGUUGGAGGAAAAAUCUAUAGAAAGUAGUCCCAGGAAUUAUGUAAUUCAAGGCAUAGCAAAGUAAGUGUUGAGAACUCCAUUAAGAAGUCCAGUGGUUUGUGUUUGUUUUUCUUAAUGGCAGGGAGGGAAGGUGGGGGAAAUAUCCAUUCUUUAAGCGGAAAAUAUUUGAAUAAAAAUUACAAAUACAUUUGUUUUGAUAAAAUAUUCAUGUAUCUAGUUAUUUUUACAAAAGCCACCUUGCUCCUAAUCAGGGAGCUGAGGAAUACCCAUUUCCUACUGAAAGUUUGUUAUCGAGUGCUGAUCAGCUGAUCCUUACAUUUUUCAGUGGAGUUACCAUUAGCACUAGGGUCACUGCUAAGAAAUUUUUACAAGGGAGUACUAUGCAGUUCCAGAAGAAAUCAGGGGAUGUGACGGGGCAAGGCCAGAUGGCUAUAGAAAAGUAGUGGGAGAUAGAUAUAUUAGCUCCAGGCUAAACAAAUCCUUGGUACCAGGUUAAGUGAAAUGGCAGCUGCUCCAGAUCAAUUAAGACAUUUGGGGCCAAUUAAGAACUUUCCAGAAGGCAAGGAGAAUGCUAGGUUGAUUGGGACACCUGAAGCCAAUCAGGGGCUGGCUGAAACUAGUUAAAAGCCUCCCAGUUAGUCAGGUGGGUGUGCAUAUCAGGAGCUGUGGGAGGAAGUUGUGCUGUUGGAGAGACUGAGUAGUACACACCAUAUCAGGCACAAGGAAGGGGGCCCUGAGGUAAGAGGGAAGUGAGGGCUGCUGUGGGGGAAAUAGCCCAGGAAAUUGUACAUGUCAUGUUUCUAAAAGGUCAGCUACCAUAGCUGAUACUGUUAAGGUCCCUGGGCUGGAGCUCAGAGUAGAGGGUGGGCCCAGGCUCCCCCCCCCCCAAUCUUUGCCCCCUGAUUAAUCACUGAGACUUGGAGACAACAGAGCCUGUGCAAAGAAGAAUAACUUCUCCUCACCUCCCUUGCUGGCUUAUGAUGAAAAUGGCUCAGUACGCUGUGACCUUUGUGUCUAGAGAGAGAAGGGUUAUGUGGAGGGUCACAGUGAGCCUCUGAGGCUAGCGAAAUCCGCCAGGAAACACGGGACCCACGGAGGCAAGGACAGAGCUUUGUCACAGGGAGUAAAUCUAAUCUAAUUAUUUGCUUUCAUCACAAGGCACUGAACCUUUGUAAAAUAUAGAAGUUACCUAUAUUAUGACAUGCUAUCAGGACAAACCCUAGGGGAUUUGUAACUCAAAUAUGUGUGUAGUGCAUGAGAAGCUGAAAGUGAAUAGAAAUGGUUUAUGAUCGAAAGUCAAACAGACUAUUUUAUUCUUAUUGUCCAGUAUGAGAAACAACGACUAACCAACUUUUGAAAAUCUCAGUGUUUUUCAAAAUUAUUUCAUUUAACAGAGGGUGGUGUCUAUCAUAUAAGUAAGCAUAUUUGUUUAUUUUAACCUGACAAUGCCACUGAUCAAUAUAGUAGUACAACAAGACUGAACCUCAUUAACAUAAUUUUUUUCUCUCCAAAUUAGUAAUAUAACUUAACAGUUGCUUUUCUAGUCUUUGUGCUGUUUAGUCAAAUGUUUUUCAUGUUCCUGAAAUGUUUCAUGUCAAUGUGGUUAUUAUAUUUAUUAAAAUAUCACUUUGUUCUGUCUUAAGACUCACAGAAAGGUCCAGUUUGGAAAUUGAUAGAGUGAAUGGAUCCAGAGAUGAACAUUUUUAAUAUUACUGGAUCAUACAUAAAAAUUAACAUAUCAGAUGACUAAGUAUGAUUUGGGUUUUUUGUGAGAAGUCUUAAAGGUGACCUUUAAAAAAAUGGGUGUAUGUUUUUGGUGGUGGUUUUUGUUUUUUUUGUUUUUUAUCCUUUAUGAAAUGUGUAGAAGGUCUGAAAGCAUUUGUUUUUGUUUGUUUUUUCCCUUGCACCUUUUUUUACAGUAGAAAUUUGAAUCCUCUCUAAGCUACAGGAUGGAUGACUGGAGAACCAGCGCACUGCUGACUUCUACUAAGAGUGUAAAUUAAGAAGGGAAUGAAUUUUUAAUCAGACCUCAACCUACAGUUUUGCUUGUUCUGGUAGCCUCUCUUACUGUCUAGUAACUAACAUUCUGGAAAAAGGAAGUGUGUGUUAUAGUUUCAACACCACUGCCCCAUAAGUUGUGAGACCUAACAAUCCUAACAAUAUGCAUCCUCUGUGAUUCCAGCAAAAGUAGGGAAGACCCGAGCUGAUGUUUCUGUUAAAUAAGCAAUGUUAGCAAUGCUGAUUUCAUUAGACUUCCUUUGUGACCUUGGGCAAAUCACUUAAUCUAUGAAUCGGUUUCCCAUCUGUAAAAUGGAGAUAAUACUUUUUCUUCCACCUUUAUAUAGUCUAUUUAGGUUGUAAAUUCUUUGGAAUGUCUCUUUAUAUGUUUUUACACUGUAAUAUAAACUACAAUAAACAAUGGUCUUAAACCAUUACAGAGUAAAAACAUAAACCAAUCACACUAUAAUACAAACAACAACAACAACGAUUUAACUCUUUUGACGCCAGUGUGGUUACUGCUGAUGAGAGUAGAAUCAGACCUGUUGCCUUUAUUGGGCAGUACUACUUAAAACUCAAUAGCAAAAUAUGACCUUUUGUUUUCUGGAAAAUUAACACAAAGGCUGAUUUUUUGCGCUCCUUAGCCAGAUAAAAUCUGCCUGACUUCAGGGAAGUUCUGUGUGCACAAAAUGUGAACUGAUAAUUAUUUCUAUAUUGAGGAAAUGCUUUCUUUGGCAACACUGAUAUAAGCACAGAACAAGUGUGGGGAAAAUUGCAAUGUAAUUGAGGGUAUUAAUUAUGGCAGAUGAAUAACUGAUUUUAGUUGACAGCACCAGCAUUCACAACACAUUUCUAAAUUUAAUAAUAGAUUUUAAAAGAUUAAUGUGAAAAAUGUGUAUAUGUGCAAAGGAUUCUUGGUAGAAAGCCUGAUUUAUGAUAAUAAAAUGGUGGUAAUCUAUACUACUAACUACAUUUAAGUAGUUUUCAGAGUAACAGCCGUGUUAGUCUGUAUUCGCAAAAAGAAAAGGAAUACUUGUGGCACCUUACAGACUAACCAAUUUAUUUGAGCAUAAGCUUUCGUGAGCUACACCUCACUUCAUCGGAUGCUCAAAUAAAUUGGUUAGUCUCUAAGGUGCCACAAGUACUCCUUUUCUUUUAACAUUUAAGUAAUAACUUUUAGUUGGUAAUUACAUUUAUUUAUGACUUUUCUGACUUUAAGACAGCUUAAUAUUUACAAGUACAUUGCAGUCAACAUUUAACAAAUGUAUAUGCAGAAAAGCAUUGUCAAUAUUAAACCCUGAAACUUGCCUUAGUCAUACAGAAGAAAUGUGCUUUUGGGCCUCAGCCCAGACAAGCACUUAAGAAUGUGCUUCGGAGCGAGGAAGAGCGCUUACUUCCUGGAUCCAGCUACUAGUAUAGUGCCAGGCCUCGUGCAGGUGCAAUUUACUACAAAUUGAAGGAUACAGUGCAUUUAAGAAAUGCAUUAGAAUGUGGGAGGAAACUUCGGUAACUUUAAAACACUUAGUUUUUCUCAAUGUGUAGACAUUUUAUGAAUGCACAUGGGUGAUACCGGCUGGAUCCUUUUAUUUACAGAUUAAGAGGGUCUUCUCUUCUGUUCUUUGGGUACAAGAACUUCACAAAAUAUUCUUGAUCUGCAGAAACCAGGACUGAAAUAACACAUACAGUGGAUGUACAGCUGAGGCUGAUUUAAACUAAUAGGGUUAGAUUUUUUUAAAAUACACAAAUGUUAAUGAGCUGUUGUAUGCACCAGACUUGCAUGUGCUCAGAUCAUGAUGUGGGUGUACAAGUUGGGAGCACACAUAUCAGAAUUGGCUGGAAUAGUGGCUCACUCCUCUCCAUAUGAUGUUUCUGAGCCACCAGAUCUCUGCAAACCUGAUACCAAUGGCAUCACUCUGAGCAAACCCUCAAGUCUCCCUUACACACCAGCCUAUUUGGCUUGCACAGAGUACCUCUCUGAAAUGCACCAAGCGUGUAGAGAUUUCUCUGUAGGGCUAUGCAGUUUGUGCAACUCUGGAUUUUCUUUCAGGGCUUAAGUAGUGCAGAGGUCCUCCAAUGAGAUGAAUUUCACCCAGAUAAUAUAAACGCUGCAGAACCACAAAGAGUAUGAGCUUUCGUGAGCUGUAGCUCACGAAAGCUCAUGCUCAAAUAAAUUGGUUAGUCUCUAAGGUGCCACAAGUACUCUUUUUCUUUUUGCGAAUACAGACUAACACGGCUGUUACUCUGAAAAGAGCAUGACUACACUAUGAAAAGAGGUUUUUUGUUUUUUCCCCAGGGAAGUUGGCUCAAUUGAGUUAGCAUGCUAAGAAAGUCUCCUUAACACCCAUGGAUCCACUGGGCCAAUAUAGUUGUAAAGGUGUCAGUUGGAAAACCCAUGUAGACAUAGUUUAUGUCAAACUAACUCAAUGGGGCUAAUUCAGUUGAAAAAACCCUACCUUUGUUUGCUAUGUAGACAUGGCCUAUGACUGCAAAAAUAAGCAAGUCUUAUUCUUGUUGGUACCAUCUCUUCUUCUGUGUUUGUACAGAGCCUAGCACAGUGGGGUCCUGGUCCAUGAAGGGGGUACUCUGAGGUACUCUGCAUAAUAAUUCCAUUGUAGCCCGUGUAGCAUAAGACUCUAAUUUCUAACUAAACACUAAGGCCCAAAUCAUCAAAUAUAUCUAAGCACCUAAAUGCCUUUGGCAAUCUGAGCCAAAAUAUAAAAUUUAUUUAUGUACUGGUGAUGGCUGGUAAAGUAUGAAGCAGAAAGAACCCAGUUUGAUUUACAGGGAUAUCAAAUGGAUUACUACUCCUUCCCCAUUGACAUUUGGAACUUUUGUUGCAGUCCUUCCCUCUUUCUACUUGAAUACUAGAUUCAGCACAAAAUUGGAAUUCAUGAGUUCUAAGCCUCACUGAUACUGACCCUCUCUGUGACACUGAGUAAGGCUGAUCUACACUACAAAUUUAGGUUGAUGAAAGAUGACUUGCAUUGACCUAGUGCUGCAUGCAUCUACUUUUAAAUAUGUCUCCCACUGAAAGCUCUCCAAGAUGCCAACGUAUAAAUACCACCUCCCCUAGCGCUAUGGAGCAAUGACUGAUGUAUUGAAGACAAUGCAGCAUGAAGGAAGACACUGCAUUACGUAUAUCAACCCUAACAGUCCUCCAGCGACUGUCCAACACUAUCCAAUACUGACUAUUCUUGUCAGAAUUGUGAACUCUACUGCCCAGUGGUGACAGAGAUUGGAAGGCCACACCACUCUUUAAAGCCUUUCAAAUUUUUGAAAUGCCUUUUCUUGAUUGUCCAGCUUGGAGAGCACACCUAUCAGCUCUUGACUGUUGUGCACAACUGCCCAGCUGACCAUGCCAGCUACAUGAUCCAGAUGUGCUCUUGCUUGGAGUAGACAGUUAGUGGAUCUCCUGGAUGCGUGGAGAGAAGAGACAGAAACAACUCUGACAUCAUAAUCAAAAAGGCUGACAAAGGAGGUGCUGUUGUCAUCAUGAAUAGGUCGGAAUAUGAACAAGAGGCUGCUCGGCAGCUCUCCAACACCACUUUCUACAAGCCAUUACCCUAUGAUCCCACUGAGAGUUACCAAAAGCAACUACAGCAUUUGCUCAAGAAACUUCCUGAAAAAGCACAAGAUCAAAUCCGCACAGACACACCCCUGGAACCCUGACCUGGGAUAUUCUAUCUACUACCCAAGAUCCAUAAACCUGGAAAUCCUGGGUGCCCCAUCAUCUCAGGCAUUGGCACCCUGACAGCAGGAUUGUCUGGCUAUGUAGACUCCCUCCUCAGGCCCUACGCUACCAGCACUCCCAGCUACCUUCGAGACACCACUGACUUCCUGAGGAAACUUCAAUCCAUCGGUGAUCUUCCUGAUAACACCAUCCUGGCCACUAUGGAUAUAGAAGCCCUCUACACCAACAUUCCACACAAAGAUGGACUACAAGCCGUCAAGAAUACUAUCCUCGAUAAUGUCACGGCUAACCUGGUGGCUGAACUUUGUGACUUUGUCCUUACCCAUAACUAUUUUACAUUUGGGGACAAUGUAUACCUUCAGAUCAGCGGCACUGCUAUGGGUACCCACAUGGCCCCACAGUAUGCCAACAUUUUUAUGGCUGAUUUAGAACAACGCUUUCUCAGCUCUUGUCCCCUAAAGCCCCUACUCUACUUGCGCUAUAUUGAUGACAUCUUCAUCAUCUGGACCCAUGGAAAAGAAGCCCUUGAGGAAUUCCACCAUGAUUUCAACAACUUCCAUCCCACCAUCAACCUCAGCCUGGUCCAGUCCACACAAGAGAUCCACUUCCUGGACACUACAGUGCUAAUAAACAAUGGUCACAUAAACACCACCCUAUACCAGAAACCUACUGACCGCUAUUCCUACCUACAUGCCUCCAGCUUUCACCCUGACCACACCACACGAUCCAUCGUCUACAGCCAAGCUCUGCGAUACAACCGCAUUUGCUCCAACCCCUCAGACAGAGACAAACACCUACAAGAUCUCUGUCAAGCUUUCUUACAACUACAAUACCCACUUGCGGAAGUGAAGAAAUAGAUUGAUAGAGCCAGAAGAGUUCCCAGAAGUCACCUACUACAGGACAGGCCUAACAAAGAAAAUAACAGAACGCCACUAGCCGUCACCUUCAGCCCCCAACUAAAAUCCCUCCAACGCAUUAUUAAGGAUCUACAACCUAUCCUGAAGGAUGACCCAACACUCUCUCAAAUCUUGGGAGACAGGCCAGUUCUUGCCUACAGACAGCCCCGCAACCUUAAGCAAAUACUCACCAACAACCACAACCACACAACAGAACCACUAACCCAGGAACUUAUCCUUGCAACAAAGCCCGUUGCCGACUGUGCCCACAUAUCUAUUCAGGGGACACCAUCACAGGGCCUAAUAACAUCAGCCACACUAUCAGAGGCUCGUUCACCUGCACGUCCACCAGUGUGAUAUAUGCCAUCAUGUGCCAGCAAUGCCCCUCUGCCAUUUACAUUGGUCAAACUGGACAGUCUCUACGUAAAAGAAUAAAUGGACACAAAUCAGAUGUCAAGAAUUAUAACAUUCAUAAACCAGUCGGAGAACACUUCAAUCUCUCUGGUCACGCAAUCACAGACAUGAAGGUCGCUAUCUUAAAACAAAAAAACUUCAAAUCCAGACUCCAGCAAGAAACUGCUGAAUUGGAAUUCAUUUGCAAAUUGGAUACUAUUAAUUUAGGCUUAAAUAGAGACUGGGAGUGGCUAAGUCAUUAUGCAAGGUAGCCUAUUUCCCCUUGUUUUUUCCUCCCCCCCCCCCCAGACGUUCUGGUUAAACUUGGAUUUAAACUUGGAGAGUGGUCAGUUUGGAUGAGCUAUUGCCAGCAGGAGAGUGAGUUUGUGUGUGUGUGUCCCCGGGAAGGGGGGGGGGGGGUGAGAAAGCCUGGAUUUGUGCUGGACAUGGCCCACCUUGAUUACCAUGCACAUUGUAGGGAGAGUGGUCACUUUGGAUAAGCUAUUGCCAGCAGGAGAGUGAGUUUGUGUGUGUGGUUUUUGGAGGGGGGGUGAGGGAGUGAGAGAAUCUGGAUUUGUGCAGGAAAUGGCCCACCUUGAUUAUCAUACACAUUGUGAAGAGAGUUGUCACUUUGGAUGGGCUAUUACCAGCAGGAGAGUGAGUUUGUGUGCGGGGGGGGGGGGCGGAGGGUGAGAAAACCUGGAUUUGUGCUGGAAAUGGCCCAACUUGAUGAUCACUUUAGAUAAGCUAUUACCAGCAGGAGAGUGGGGUGGGAGGAGGUAUUGUUUCAUGGUCUCUGUGUGUAUAUAAUGUCUUCUGCAGUUUCCACAGUUUGCAUCCGAUGAAGUGAGUUGUAGCUCAUGAAAGCUCAUGCUCAAAUAAAUUGGUUAGUCUCUGA